UUUUGUAGGAUUAAUAAGCAUGUUUAUGCGAAAGAGGCGAUCGGUGUAUAAUGCACGGCCUGCGGAAGAGCAUCAGAUUGAAUCUUGUCAAGAUGUGACGCGUUUCGUGAGAAGAUUCGUCGAUUCCGCAGUUACCGCCGCAAUAAAAAUUGUCGAUGUCAUGGAUCAUCAGUCCUCGCUCAACUACACCGAAUGGCCUACGUGUGGAAAUAUCAAUGCGCGAAACGGCCUGCGAUGUGUGAAAGAGGAGAUGCUCAGAUGGAACCAAUUAUCGGCUCUGAGAAGCUGGAUGUUCCACGCAAAGUUUAUCGGCCUUAACAGAGAGAGGACCACCGAGUUCUACAUGUAUCAAGUCCUGUGGAGCAUACCGACACCGGCAUAUCCGGAGCCAUAUGUGACUGUCAGUGUGUUCUUCAGCAUCGCGGCGAGUCGCGUGCAGCCGCCGCACUUUCCAGUCGACGUCACGUAUGUAUUCGAGGGACAGCAGUUUGUGCAUCGGUUGGACGUAGUCUUUAAACCGAAGUGGCUUUACGACAUUCUCGACAUGAAGACUAUGCUGUUCAAAACCUUCGUGUUUUAAAAUUAUCUCUGAAAAAAAAGCUAUAUUUUCUCCCUCAAAAUUGUAGAAUCGUAAAACAAUUUUUACUUAUGAUUAAUUGAAUUAAAAGUAAUCAGAAUUUACAUGUGAAUUUAUACAUGUGGCAAUGAAAAUGCGAUAACAUCUCAAACAUAUAUCCGUGUGUAUCGAAACGCAAGCACGAUUUUGCCACAUCGCACCGUGGAACGGCUGCAACUUUUCAAGGCAGAUUUUUAAACGCCCGCACCGUGCAGAAUGUCGUAAAAGUAAGAGUGUCGGAUUUCCGCGAAUCGGGCACGCGCCGGCCGCAAUCUGGUCCAGCACCGGACGCCGUUUCAUUUCGUUCGGUUAAA